AAAGGGUCACUUCAAACCACUAUCUGAUUUCUGUAUUUCAAUGUGUGUCUACUGAUCUUGACUGUUAGAAAACCUGUCACGGCAGGUUUAAACUUGGACCAUCUGUUUUGUUUUACUCACUGUUUGAUAUAAAAUAAUGUGCUUGUUAAUUGCUUUUUUGGUCACGUUUGGGACUACUAAGUUGUCUUUAAUGAUUAUUAUUUGGAUGACUUUCUUCGUGUGUUGCUUCUCUCUACUGUAAACUGUAUAUUUUGUGGUACGCUCUUGUGGUGUGAUGUAUCUUUUUUGUAUUUCGUUUGAGCUGUUUAAAAUUUAUAAUGGAAAAAAACAUUGUUUUUUGUUUUUAUUCCAAUGUAAACAUCACAGGUUUCAUGUAUUGAAGUGUUUUUAGUUACAUUUUCUAGAUUUGGUCAGAACAAGGACCCUAGAAGAAACAUUCCAAACCAAUUGAAACCAUAUUAAAAAAAACUUUUACACCUACUCCAGUCCAGUCCUUAAAAGUAUUCCUUUGAGCUAGCUUCGAACUGUUUUUUUAAACACGCAAAAAAACAAAAUCCACUUGCUCAUGUAUAAUUUGUGAUGGCAAACACCUUAGACAGGGUAAAAAAAAAAAAACUUGCCUACAAACUGUAGAAACCCUCCUUCCUUGAUUUGUUCUGACACAAAGCAAAAUUACUUUUGAACCAUAUUAACUGAGCAAUCAAUCAUCAUCAGACAGCUGCGCACAGAUCACAAAUAGCAGUAACCCGGAUGACACAUCAAACUCAUUACAAUAGAUCGAAUUGAAAUCGGAAAAAAAAAUAGCCAAUCAAGAAAGUGUGAAAAUGUGUCAGUUCUGUAUAUGCCACUGUUGGCAGAAUCAUCAUCUCUCUCACAUGCAAUUGGCAAUCUAUCCAUUAGCAGAUUAGACGUGUCUCGCCAUCAAAGCAGCUAUCAAUCAGCAACCGACAUCUGUUCAAAGUAACAAAGACAGUGAGAGAAAACUGAUUAUAUCCAUUUCUAGUGAUAUUCUGCAUGCAUGUGCAGAUUCUAUUCGUGUAUAAGUGGUUUCACAAUCACUAUAUCCAAUCCUUCUGCCAUUUUGAUUGAAAUCACAUUGGUUUGUCUGCCGGUCUGUCAGUUGAUUGUUCGAAGCCUUUUUGAUCUUGAACCCAGCAUCUCAACAAACCCAAGUCCAUUUCCUGUAAUAUUACCUCCACACAUAGUCUGACACUGAUAUCACCAAGAUCCACCAUUUACAAGCAACUACACAGAAUCAUGGUCAGACCAAAGUGUAACCCAGUACAGAAAUUAUGAAGCCAUUUUAUUUUGAAAGUGCAAUUAUAUUGAAAAGGAAAUAGUUGUUGUUUUUUUGACACUUUACUUCCUGUGCAUUCACAUGUGAGGAUUUUUUUUUUUUUAAUUGGUCUGAUUAACAUGAUCCCGCCCUCUUGAGACAUGUCUCGAAGGUUCUUUAUUUACCGUUCUGUUCCGCUUGGAUACCAAGGAGGAAAGGAAGGUAAUAGUGAACGCUGAAAUAAGGCCGUUUGAACAACUUAUAAGAAGGAAAUUACAUUUCCUCGUGUGUAUGUGAACCGGAGGAUUGGAGCCUGCAUCCACCCAAGUUCACAUUAGAAGCAAAACUCUUGGGACUCCUGGACUUUGCCUCCUCAGGUACAACUGUCAUGCUUCUUCAGUAUAAAUAGGAAGAACGAGCUGCAGCCAGACACAUUUGACAAAGAGAGACACACUCACACAAGAGCAGCAAUCAUGAGGGUCUUUGUUUUGCUCGCUUUGGCGGUGGUUUCUGGCUGCAAUGCCAACUUCUUCCACGCUGAUGCACCCAAGCCUCCGAUGGAGGUUCUGACCGAUGCUUUCUGGGACUACAUCGCCAAGGCCAGCAAGACCGCUGACGACACACUGGAGAUGGUGAUGAAAUCGCAGUUUGGAGAGGAAAUCAACGCCCACCUGGCUGAGACCGCCCACGUGGCUAGCAAGUAUGCCAGCAACCUGAAGGAAAAGCUUCCCUUGGCGGCCAAGGGCCUGAUGAACAAGAUCAGCACUGAGGCCGACGUCUUGAGGAACGUUCUGAGCCGGGACCUGAGCUUAGUCAGUGAGCAGUUUGAGCUGUACUCCGGCACCCUGAAGGCUCAGAUCGAGGAGAAAGUAGAGCAGCUGAAGCAGGACCUCAGCACCUACACUGACAAUGUAGAUUCAGACACCCUGAGAGCCACCAUUUUGCAGAACAGCGAGGAACUGAUGUCCAGCCUGCAGCGCAGCAUCACCGACAUCGAGAGCAAGCUGGGCCCCUACACUGACGAUCUCAUGAGGCAGGUUGACGACCACCUGAUGGCCUUCAAACGCAACAUCGGCCCCGUCACCCACAGGGUCCAGGACGAGCUGAGCUUCAGAAGCAGAGAGGUGCAACGCAUGGUGGCCCCCUAUGCCGAAGACUUUAAAGAAAAGCUUGACCAUUUUGCUACUGACAUCCAACAACAGAUUAUGGCCAAAUAUGACUCCUUGGUAAACAGCAAUUAAUCCAAACUCAAGAAUGCGAGAUUCUCCUGAAAAUGUCUUCCCAAUUGCACUGUUGCUGAAAUCCAAUUUGUAUUUAUUUUGAAGAUCAAUUGCUCAACAAAUAUUUAUUGUUUUUAACUCUGUCACUGAUAUUUUUUAAAGCAAAAUAAACACAAUCGUCAUCAAACAUGGUUUGUUGUUGAGAUGUCCCGAUCGAUCGGGUCCGAUCACGUCAUUUUCAAAGUAUCGGAAUCGGCAAAAAAAUAUAGGACAUACCUUUUUUAAUAUUUUUUUAUUAUUAAAUCGUUUUCUAAUUGUAUUUAACGUUGCAGACACAAUGUCUUACACUCAUCCAGAGUCUUUAGUUUUGGCUUAAAGUGGGGCUGUCAAAUUUAUCGCGUCAUCAGUGGUAAUAACAUUAAAAUAUUUAACGCAAUUAACGCAUGCACUGCACUACCCACUCACGCAAUGUCACGUUCAAUCUAUAAUGGCACCGUAUUACGUAUUCAUUGAACUAAAGGCAAUGUAAGUAGAGAGAAUUUUGGCAGCCUUUGAAGCCUUUUUUUAAUUGGCUAAAGCCUUACAAUCCCUCUCACAACGAUCCCACGAGAAAUAUCGCGGGAAGCAAUGUGGGGAAGAAAGGUAGUAGUUGAUCUUUUUCUUAACACCCUGUUAUAUUUCCCAACGCUGAGAAGAUAUAUCAAUUGGUACCAUUACGCACAGUCAUGGUUGCACUUCCUAACAUGCAUUUGGGCAAAGGUUAAUUGGCUGAAUUAUCAUUUACUGAAAGCUCAUAAAAGUCCACUAGAUUGCAAUAUUUAGUCACAAUAUACAAAGUCACAUUUGUCCUUUAAGAAUUACAAGUCUUUCUAUCCGUGGAUCCCUCUCACAGAAAGAAUGUUAAUAAUGUAAAUGCCAUCUUGAGGAUUUAUUGUCAUAAUAAACAAAUACAGUACUUAUAUACUGUAUGUUGAACGUAUAUAUUCGUCCGAGUUUUAUUCAUUUUUUUCUUAAUGCAUUGCCAAAAUGUAUAUGAUCGGGAAAAAUUAUCAGGAAUGAUUGGAAUUGAAUCGGGAGCAAAAAAAAAAAAAAAGCAAUCGGAUCGGGAAAUAUCGGGAUCGGCAGAUACUCAAACUAAAACGAUCAGGAUCGGAUCAGGAGCAAAAAAACAUGAUCGGAACAACCCUAGUUUGUUGCAUUAAUAUCUUAAAAUGAUUACUGUAUACAUGAUGUCCACACAAAACAAAACACAUUUUAAUAUGUGCUUGUCCA